GCUCUGAAAUCCAGGAAAAAUGGCUGACCCAUGGACACUUCCUCAAACUCCCUGCAGCGGAUGUGAUUCUGGAUCCAGACACGGCAAACCCCAUCCUCCUUGUUUCUGAGGACCAGAGGACUGUGCAGCGUGCUGAGGAGCCCCGGGAUAUGCCAGACAACCCUGAGAGAUUUGAGUGGCGUUACUGUGUUCUCGGCUGUGGAAGCUUCACCUCAGGGAGACAUUACUGGGAGGUGGAGGUGGGGGACAGGAAAGAGUGGCAUAUUGGGGUGUGCAGUAAGAACGUGGAGAGGAAAAAAGGUUGGGUCAAAAUGACACCUGAGAACGGAUACUGGACUAUGGGACUGACUGAUGGGAAUAAGUAUCGGGCUCUCACUGAGCCCAGAACCAACCUGACACUUCCUGAGUCCCCCAGGAAAGUGGGGGUCUUCCUGGACUAUGAGACUGGAGAUGUCUCAUUCUACAAUGCGGUGGACGGAUCUCAUAUCUACACCUUCCCGCACACCUCCUUCUCUGAGCCUCUGUAUCCUGUUUUCAGAAUUUUGACCUUGGAACCCACUGCCCUGACCAUUUGCCCAGCGCCAAAAGGAGUAGAGAGUUCCCCGGAUCCCGACCUAGUUGCACCUGAUCAUCCUCUAGAGACACCAGUGGCCCCGGGCUUAGCUAACCAAAGUGGGGAGCCUCAGGCCGAAGUAACGUCCCUGCUUCUCCCUGCCCAGCCUGGAGCUCAGCCUCCCCCUUCACAGCAACCAAGCAGAGGCAUAAGACUGCAGACAUACACUGAAGCACUUUACUGAUGAUACUCAUUCAAUUAUUCAUACGAUAGUUGUUUGGGUUUGGUACCACUUAUUGUCCCCUUAUACAGAUAAGGAAACUGGGGUGCAGAAAAGUGAAUUCGCUUUACAAAGUAGACAUGACUAGUGAACAACAGAGCUGGGAUCUAUUCAUCAAUGACUAACAUUAGUAGAGAAUUUUAAAUGUUCUGACUGCCGUGUUAUGAGCUUUGGUGGCUGUUACUCCUUUAAUCCUCACAGCACUCUGUCAGGUAGUCUCAUUUUAUGAGUAUGGAAGCUGAGGCAGGGUGACAUUAAGUAACCUGCAUAACUCAUACGGUAAUUUGUGCAGUUGGGAGACGUUCAGCCUCAGUCCCUGGCCACUUGCCCAUUCUUUUCUAGCCUGAUUCUUCCCCCAUGGGAAGAACCCACCUGUAGCCCUGAGGUUCCCUUCCCAGGACAGCUCCAGGGUGGGGAUCACUGUAGGUGGUUGUGGGUUGACACCCCUAUUGACUCCUUCCCAGCUGAUGGUCAGAGCCUUAGACCCAGCACUCCUUGGAUUAGCUCUGCCGAGUGUCUUGGUUGAGAGAAUAACCUCACGGUACCCACGUGACACGUGACUUGGAAGACUUGAGGCCACACUCAAAUAAUGGCGCACAGGUGUGCCGACCCAACGACUGCUGAGUGACCAUGUAGCCAGAGCCAGGCUUCCUGCAGUCAGGGUUUCCAGGCAGAGCAAAUACCCUGAAGAUUCUCUGUGAUGCAGGAAAUGUAGAUGAAGGAAACUAGAACUACAGGGAUGUCUUUAAUCCUGCUGUGGACUUGCUCUCCUGGAAAGGGGUCUGUCCACCCCUCGUCAUUGGUCGGUGUUAAACCCAUAUUCCUUUCAACUGUUGCCUCCUAGGGAAACUGCUCCUCAUUAUCAUGACUGCUAUUGCUCCCCACUGUAUCCCCUCUAUGUGGCAUGUGCUUGUCAAGUCUUGAUCAAUAAAUUUGUUAAUAAUGCUUACUGUUCA